UUUGUCAGCAGUAGAAGAAUUAGUCGCCAUGUCUGGACGCGGUAAAGGCGGUAAGGGGCACGGCAAGGGAGGCGCAAAACGCCAUCGUAAGGUGCUGCGCGACAACAUCCAGGGAAUCACCAAGCCCGCCAUCCGCCGCCUCGCUCGCCGCGGCGGUGUGAAGCGCAUCUCGGGCCUCAUCUACGAAGACACCCGCGGCGUCCUGAAGGCCUUCCUUGAGAACGUCAUCCGCGACGCCGUCACCUACACGGAGCACGCCAAGCGCAAGACCGUCACCGCCAUGGACGUGGUCUACGCCCUCAAGCGCCAGGGCCGCACUCUCUACGGCUUCGGAGGCCGAGUGCCCAUCUCUCGCGCACUAAAUCAACCCAAAGGCUCUUUUCAGAGCCACUCACCUCUUCUAAACUGCUUGCGCGCCAGUGUUACCAAACCGUUCAUGAAAUAAACACUUUACAAAUGGGUUGUUGCGCGCCAAUUCCUCGUGA